AUGCGGCGUGGAAUGGGUCCGCGUCGUUCGGGCCCGGCUGCCCCCGCGGGCGGGAGGAAGAAAAAUAACGGGAAAAAAACGGCGAAAAUGGCGAAAACGGCGAAAACGGUGACGCGGCGGAGCGAUAGCCUAGCGGUGGCCGCUGCGGCUGCAGCAGCUGAGCGGGCGGCGGCCAGGCAGGCGGCCGCGGAGGCGGUUCGCCGAGCCCAGCACCUGAAGGAGCUCUCCUGCGCGUCAGGUGCGGAGCGGGACCUGGAGGAACUGGUGUUCGGUGACAGCGUCAACGUGGAGGAGGAUGACUUGCUGCAGUGCCUGGCUGGCCCUCAGCGGCUUAAUGCUCCAGAGUGGGAAACUCUCCAGAAGGACUCCAGUGAUUCAGAAGUAGAAAAUGAAGCAAAAGGUAAUUUACUGACAAAAAAGCCAGCCUGGGUGGAUGAAGAUGAUGAAGCAGAGGAAAAUGUUGAUAUGACCCAUAGGUAUAGGAGAGACUUCAUGAAAAGCGAUGCUGAGAAGACCCUUACUAAGAAAAAGCUAAAAAGAAGGCUUGAAGAACAGUUUCAGCGAGCUAUGGGAGGAGUUCCUGCCUGGGCUGACUUGGAAAACAGGAAGAAAUCCAAAAAGACUGCAAGUGAUAGUGAGAGUGAUGAAGAUGAUGAUCUCCUGCGCAGGACUGGCAAUUUUGUGACAAAUUCAGAGUCCCUGCCAAGAGGUAUUUUGAAGAUGGGGAUCUGCUUGCCUGCUAAUCAGGAACGUUUUGCUGAUGGAAGACUGGCAACCGUGCAGUUUCAUCCAUCUGCUCAAGUAGUCAUGACUGCUGGACAUGAUCGAUCCGUGUCGCUCUUUCAGGUUGAUGGUAUAAAGAAUCCAAAAAUACAGAGCAUCUACUUAGAGAGUUUUCCAAUUUAUAAGGCUUGCUUCAGUGUUGAUGGAGAGCAUGUUAUAGCCACUGGUACUCACCACAGAAUGUUCUUUGUGUAUGACAUGAUGAGUGGAAAUAUCAUUCCUAUACAGAAAGUAAGAGGUGUGGAGGAAAGAUUCCUCAGAAGCUUCGAACUCUCUCCAGAUGGAUCAUUCAUGCUUGUAACUGGAACUUCAGGCUACCUUCACUUGUUGUCAAUGAAGACAAAGGAGCUGAUUAGCACUAUGAAAGUAAAUGGAAGAUGCACUGCAUCAGCUUUCACUCCAGACAGCAGUAAAGUAUAUAGCUAUUCAAAGGAAGGCGAAGUUUUCAUUUGGGAUGUGAGAAGCAGAAAGUGUCUACACAAAUUUGAAGAUGAAGGCUCUUUGGAAGGGAAGUGCAUCGCUCUUUCAAAAAAUAACCAGUAUGUGGCAUGUGGUUCAGCUUCUGGAGUUGUAAAUUUAUAUACUACCGAUGGCUGUCUCAAAGAACACCGUCCUAAGCCAGUCAAAGCCAUAAUGAACCUUGUGACAUCUGCUACGUGUGUGACCUUCAAUCCCACCACAGAAAUCCUGGCAGUGGCUUCCCGUGAAACCGAUGAGGCUGUCAAACUGGUACACAUUCCUUCGUAUACUGUAUUCUCAAACUUCCCAGUGUUCAGAAGAAAACAGAUUUAUCUUGCUCAAUCUAUGGACUUUUCUCCCAGAAGUGGCUAUUUCUCUAUAGCAAAUAACAAAGGCAAAGCUUUGUUAUUUAGUUGUAAAGGCAGAAUGAAGAGCAUCGUUGGAGGGAGGGUGGCUGAGUGCUGGCACACAUUGCUCAGGCUGUGGAGACUCCAUCCUUGGAGAUACUCAAAAGCCAUCUGAACAUGGCCCAGGGCAGCUAUCUCUUGCCCUUCUUUGAGCAGAG